GCUGCUUCUCCUCUCUGGAGCUCUGAUGCUCCCGGGUGUCCGCCGAGUCACGGCGCGGGCGCGCUGGGAUGGUUUGGCCCUGCAGCACGUGGUUGGUAUCAGCUGGGACAGCAAGGUCACAGGAACACCUCAAGAAAACAGUGUAAAAGGAGCAGAGGGAACAGCAGGCAGCAGUAUCAGUGAAGUUUAUGCUGGACAUCAGGAAAAGGUGUUUCUGGCUGAAGAACUGCAAGGCAGGAAGGAAGCGUCAGGAAGAACAGGCAACAAAAACGGGGACGGAGAAGAUUUAAAUUCUAGAAUGGGGAACAUCCAGACCACUUCUGCAGGAUUAUCUAAUGAUGCUGCUGUGAAUCAAAUACAGGACAUUAUUUCACACAACCCUGUGGUGAUUUUCUCUAAAACAACAUGCCCGUACUGCAAAAUGGCAAAAGACCUGUUUGAGGGUUUGGAUGUGAAUUACACAGCUGUGGAACUGGAUGUAAAGACAAACGGAAGGCAGUUCCAAGACGUUCUGGAACAGAUGACUGGUGGCAGAACAGUCCCAAGAGUGUUUAUCAAUGGGACUUGUGUUGGAGGUGCAACAGAUACUCAAAAGCUUCAUGAGGAAGGCAAACUGCUUCCUUUAAUUCAUCAGUGUCAAAUGAAAGCAAAUUACUGAACAACCAUCUCUAGCUUAGCUUCAUCUUCCUUUGUAUGAACAGAAUUUCAGAUGAAUUCAGAAGAUCACAGACACACAGCACAAGCUGCACUCAACAACCUGAAACCAUGGCUUUCUGAAUUACAGAUCACUUAGACAGACUUUAUGGACUUGGUGAAUUACUUGGUGUCCUUGCCUCAGCUUUCCCACAGCCCAGAUGGUCAUUAGCAAACAUUAUGUAACUCCUGGCGUUCUUAGUGAGACAGUGAUGUCACUUCAUGGUGAUUACAUCCUGCUCCAAGGAAGUCCGGGCUCUGCAAAAGGAAUCCUGUGGGUUUUGCUGCACAUUAGUUUGCUUUCUAUCUUUGUCUCAAUAAAUUGUCAGUUUAAUUUAAUGGUUUCCUUAAAUAUAAUUCUCUGUCAAACUGCAGUGUAAAGGAAUCCCAGAUUGUAGUGAUAUUGGUGUGUGCAUGCUUGCCUCUUGUAUUCCAGUGCCUGAUCACCCAGCUCCCAAAUUGUGUGUCCAAUGGAACAGAAAAGGGAAUAAAGAUUCUGGCAGCUUUAGAGAGUGAUAGCUUUCCUCUUUGCUCUGCACUGUGAGGUAGCAGGCUGUACUGCCAUUCAGGAAUGUCCUUCCAGGGGGGCCAGGCAGCUCAGGCACUCAGCUGCAGCUGCACACUAUGGUGCAACCAAUGCAACAACAGCAUGAAACAUAAGACCAAGUGAAGCAGGUCUAAUAUGCAUAGAGUUUAUUUAGUACUUAAAUUCUACAGUCAGAAUGCAGUUUACUAGCCAUUUUAACUUUCAGUUACAUGUCUAAAAGAAUUUACUAAAAUUCCAUAGUUUCAGUACAAUGUACAUCCAAAGCCAGACCAGGCAAUGCCAAGACUCUUGGUUAUUUCAAAGAAGUUCAUAUGCAAGUAGAAAAUUAUAUCCCAUUCUUCAGUUAAAGGGACCAUUACACAACUAAAGGUGCACAUAUUAGAAUAAAAUCAUUAGUCAAUUAAAUUUUUACUCACUUUUUUGUGAAUUAAGACUCCUGUUAUUUCCAUUGCUUUCAGCAUUGCAUGUACCUAAACUACUUUUUCCCCUCACAGGAAAAAAACAUCAAUCUUUAAUUCCAGCUAACUAGGAUGGCAAGAGUAUCAUUUAAACUUGACAGCUUCAUUUUUGUGAUGCAGGUUUGAACUAAGUUUAAACUGCAUCAUUUGUAGAAAGUCUUUAGCAUACAGUUACCUGCAUUGUGCAUCUUUAACAUGUAAUCAGCUAAUUCAACACGCUGACCUUGUUUCAUUUUAAUUAUUGCAGUUUACUGUAUGGUGCUAGAACACAGUCAUCAAGGUAAACACACAAUGUGCAUCUCUCUGAAUUUAUACUUAAUAAAGCAAUUUAUUUUGCACAUACAGUCAUAAGAAUACCAAGUAUUCUUUUUCUCUGUGUAGAAUUCUUCAGCCAGUGAUGUUUUUACCAGAAGCUUAACAAUAAUUUUGUCCCCAAAGCUGAUAAACCCAUCACAUAAAAAUAAUAACAAUUGUAUGAAAAGGAAUUUUUCAAAGACCUUUUCAUUUUGUUCCCUGUUUAGAGGCUUGUUUUUUUAACCAGUAGUCUAUAAUACCCCUUUGAGUUCCAAGUUCUGGAAAUCCCAGGGCAUUGUCACUCAAGACAAAUUCUCUUGCAGCUGUUGAAACAAGCUGAGUGCCUGCAGAUGCAAGUGAGUGCCCCAUCAUUAAAUAGGAUCUAGCUUAAGGCACCCAAAGGGUUAAUUAUGUUUCUUUUAAACCAUAUUAAGGCUUCCCAUCCAAACAGUUUUUUCAUUGUGUACAAUUUCACAGAAAGUAGCAGCAAGACAGUGCCUUUGUUACUGGAUGGCACAAAGCCAUGUUAUGCUUAAAUUAAUUAAACACAAUAUAGCAGUUAAAGUGUGGUUUUAAUCUAGGGGGAAAAAAAAAAA